GCAUUGUAGAAAAACAUCCGCGCAUGCGCAGAGCAGUCCAACCCAUGUUAGAUGCGGAAGUCAACUGUCAUAUGACUGCUAAAGGAAAGCUAAAAUGUUGCUAAUCCGUGGAUGACGAUUUUCGAAAAAAGAUGGAGGAGAUAAGAAUGUCUCCUGACUACAACUGGUUUCGAAGCUCAGUGCCCCUCAAAAGAAUUAUUGUGGAUGAUGAUGACAGCAAAGUCUGGUCGCUGUAUGACGCCGGGCCAAAAAGCAUCAGGUGCCCGAUCAUCUUCCUUCCUCCUGUGAGUGGCACGGCUGAAGUUUUCUUCCAACAAGUGCUGGCUCUUACUGGCUGGGGCUAUCGUGUUAUUUCGCUCCAGUACCCAGUCUAUUGGGAUCUUCUGGAAUUUUGUGAUGGAUUUAAGAAACUUCUAGACCACUUGCAACUAGACAAGGUGCACUUAUUUGGUGCUUCCCUGGGAGGAUUUCUGGCUCAGAAAUUUGCAGAGGUUACACACAAAUCACCUCGAGUGCAUUCUCUGAUCUUGUGCAAUUCAUUCAGCGAUACAUCCAUUUUUAACCAAACAUGGACCGCUAACAGUUUCUGGUUAAUGCCAGCCUUUAUGCUUAAGAAGAUUGUUCUUGGGAACUUUGCCAAAGGACCUGUUGACCCCAAAAUGGCAGAUGCCAUUGACUUUAUGGUGGACAGACUGGAGAGCCUGAACCAGAGUGAACUGGCGUCCCGGCUCACGCUGAACUGCCAAAACUCCUACAUCGAACCUCACAAAAUAAAGGAUGUUUCAGUCACCAUUAUGGAUGUAUUUGAUCAGAGUGCUCUUUCAAAUGAGGCAAAGGAAGAAAUGUAUAAACUGUAUCCUAACGCCAGGAGGGCUCACCUCAAAACCGGCGGCAACUUUCCUUACCUUUGUCGAAGCGCCGAAGUUAACCUUUACAUCCAAAUACAUCUGCGACAGUUCCAUGGGACGAGAUACGCUGCCAUCAACCCUGCUAUGGUUAGUGCAGAGGAGCUCGAGGUCCAAAAGAGCAAUCUGAAUAACCUUAGAGAGAGCGACGAUGAAUCAUAAGAAGAUCCCCUGACCCACAGCCUACACUGAGCCGAUUACAGAAGCACUGACUCCUUAAUUCAGUGCUACACGUCACAUGCCGGGAAAAACCUUCUUUCGGCUUCAUGUUUUUCUACAGUGGAUUCAAUCAAAAUGACGAACUAAAAGAGCCUAUUUUUACUUUCCAGAAACAAUAUUUUGAUAUGUAUUAUGACUGUAAAUAAUUUAAGAAUGGGUACUUAUUUCACAGGAUGCCAUUUUGAACUGGUUGCCUUAUAACUUGUAUUUGAUUAGUCUUGUCUUUUUCCGCUUUUGUUUUGUUAUUGUAUUCGUGCAUUUAUUUGUUACCGUUACUCAUGCACUGAUUAAAGGUAGAGCCUACAAAUGUCACAGGUUUGGAAGGAUGGAAAAGAUGUAUAUUGAUAACUGUGUUAUACUAAGUAAAAUAUUUCUGCCUCAGCUGAAUCAUUGUCAUUUUACUAUGAAAUUACUUAAAAGAAUAAUUUGCAUAAAAAAUGCACAAUGUUCAGCUGAUUAGCCAGGACAUGCUUGGUUAAUUUCUAGGUCCAGUUUUGUAGUGGACCUAGAAAUUUAAUGUAGCCAAAAAAAAAAAAAAAAAAGUAGAAGCCUGUCUCACCCCAAUUUUUUCCUGUAAAUAUCUCAAUCAGAUCAAAACCAGUUGUUCAUGACUUCCAAUGUCACGUCCUGUAAUCUAUAAACAUGAGCCAACCUUAGUGUAGCUGAACACUGUAACAUGAUGGGGACAGCCAUCUAGGACAUCUGUAAUUGUCCUUUUUUUUUCUCAAUUUAUCAUCAUUCUGCAUUUGGUCACCAUUUUUACACUACUAACUUAUACAACAUGCCACAGCCUCUUGAAAGCUGAAUUAUAGAUAAAUCUGCAUAAUAAUAAUUAAGCAUUUACGUAUUUAAAAAUUACAUUGCAUAAGUGUUUUUUGAAGCAGGUGUUUGAGGAUUUAGGCAAAUAUUUAUGGAAAAGAGUUUGGGUGAGAGAGACUUCAAUUACUGAUUAGCUAUAUUAAGCUUGUAGCUCCAGUGCAGAAUUAACAACUGAUCCACUACCUUUGUGGUAAGUGAAAAAAUGUCUAAAUUAGGGUUUUGUUGAACAAUUCCUUUAAAUUAUUUGCACAGGAUUAAAUUAGCUAUUAAACUCAAUCUUUGCAGGCCAA